AGAAAAAAUUCUGUAUUUGAAACACAGGGUGCAUUAUUUAAAUCUACUCAAUAUAUCUCAUAGAAAGUACUCAAAAUAACUGAGACACUGGUAUUCAUACUUAUCAUUGUCUUGAACUUUAAUUAUUAAUGGUUCAAAAUCAAUAUAAUUUUGUCCCCCAAUACUAACUUAAAACUUUGAGUAAGACUAAUGACCUUUGGCGUGUACCGCGCGCGAGGAGCAUGGCCUCAUGGGAGAUUUUCUGCACGUUGAACGAGACAGACACACAUCCACUGCAGACUUGGUAACGUUUUCAGCACCAUCUUCACCACCAGGAGAAAAAAAUCUGCAUCAACUACAAAGUAAAGCAGGUAAUUUUACUCAGAGGACUUGAUGUGUUAAAUUUUGGAAUGAUAUGAUAUUGUUUUAUACAAGCUGAGUAGUGGAUGGUGAUACCACCUAAAUAUUUAUACUGGUUUUGUGGUGGGUUAUUUUAGUCAUACAAAUGCCAAAUCUAAAUUUUGAGAAUUUUUCAGUUCGGUAAAUAUAUUGAUGAGUUCAUGGUCUGUCAUCUAGUGUCACCAUACUAUCUUUUUAUUUAUACAGCGUGGUGAUGUGAUUCAGAUUACUUCAAUGUGGUUAAGUAUUGUACUUUGUUCCAUGUUGACUUAUUUGUAAGUUGUAUCCUCCACCUGAAUUGGUAGUGAGUAUUGGUUAUUCAAUCAGUUAAUCAUACAAAAACUGUGUAAAUAUGGUUAUACACCAUUCUGUCAUCUUCAUACUGUGAGACAUAUUUUCUCACAAUUUUUUUAGGUCACAGGUGAUGAGAUGGCAGUGUAAACUCUGCAAACAUGAGGAGUCAUCAAAAGUGUCACUACUCAAACAUUAUCGAGUGAAACAUAGUACAUUUGGUCAUGGCUAUUCCAUACCCUGUCUUCAUUUGAAUUGUCCUUGCUCUUUAAAGACAUGGGGUGCCUUGCGCUCACACUUGUCUAGGUCUCACAGUUCGCAUGAAACGGAGCGAGCGACCGGCCCAUCCCGCCAAACUUGACCAGCUGAUAGCAAGGUUCACUGAUCGCGCACAUCAAUCCACUGUUCAGUCAGCUGCAGUGACUAACAACACUGCCUUGCUAGCAUUUGUCAUCUCCAGGAAGGUGGAGGAAGCAGAGCUGCCAGAGGAGCUGAAAGGCUUUCUCUGUAAAGCCGCUGACGCGAUUCUGAAUAUGUGCGCCACUUCAGCGGUGUGUUCCUCUCGCAUCGCUGCCUGGCAGACGAUGGUUCAGAGGGCAACCUGGCUCCGCCUCUUCCCUCCAAGAUUAUACAAUCUCACAGGGAAAUAGUGCAAGCAAUUCAUAACAUAAAAUUUAGAAGCUUAGUGGAAGAUAAUACUUUAUGUUAAGGCUUUAAUCUGCAUACUGAACUACUCCACUUAUAUGGAUUUAUGUCUGGAUGAGUAAAUUAAUCUUUUGCAUGUUAGAAAAUAAGGUCCAGGUUGCAAAAAAUGGUAGUUUCACUUAAAGAUUUUUUUUUUUUUGAUUGAAUCAGAAUUUUGGCCUUCAGAUUUUUUGGCCUUGGUUUUUUGUCCUCUCCCAUCCAGGUCAGUGCAGAGUUUCAUAGGAUCACGACCCUGAACCUUGAACCAAAGUUCAUGUCAUCGUUGGACUUGUAUUCAUCCAAACUCCUGUCCUUGUUUCAAGCCAAGAAAGGUGCUGCUGGACAACACCACAGGGCACAGUUAAACCUUCUGCUUCAGAGUGGAAAUUCCAUCGAGAAAAAACGAGAAGUCAUCAUCAGAUGUCUCAUUGACCAUCUGGGAGAGGAUCCAAGUGCCUUAAUCAAAACCUUUGAGGACGGUGCUGAUGCUGUCUUUGUUGAAGAGGCUUUGGCUGAGGAGGUGAUGAAGAUUUAUCUGCUGCAGAAUCAAGACAGGUCAGGCGAACCUACUGAUGUGGGUAUUGUUAUUGAAGGCGUUACUGUUCUGGGCAAACUUGGGAAUCUGAGCAAAGCCUGUUGCUAUCUUUUGGGACUGUGCUAUGCUCUGGAUCUGAAAUACCCCAAGAAUCUCAAAUGCACAUUUGAAGCAUUUCAAAAAGUGUUCAUGGAGCUGGAUCCAGGAAACCUUUCUGUCAAGGUUCAAAGACUGAAAAAUGACCUCUGUUCAUUGUAGACAAAAUUUCACAGGGCUGUUCUUAAAGUGUUAGACUUGUUAAGUGACAUGUAAUGCUCAUCAAAAGGUUCAGUUGCGGCAUUACAUUGUGUUGACAUUCCUGUUCAUAAAUAAUGUUUGUACCAUAAACUGUGUUUUUGUAUUAACUUUCCAGAUUCACAUUAAGGUGUAAAUGGGAGAGUAUCUUCUGUAUGUUUUUUUUCUUAGCGCAAUCCUUUUUGAAACCUUUUUAUUUAAAUUAUGGAUGUUUUUUGGUCACUCUUUAGUUAUCUUCCCAAUUUUUUGGAAUCAAAAUAAGAUGUUCAAAAACUAUGUCACAGUGCAAAUGUUUUUUUUUUUUUCAGGAUUUAUAUUUUUUUUGGGAUCUUAAUUUUAUUUUUGUCAUUUGACCUUUUCUGAAAAGGUAAAGCACUGCGUUCACUUGAGCCACUUUUAUUCUUUGUAUGGCAGGUACAUUUUUCUUGUUGUUAGCAUCAAUAUGCCAGUUUUACAGAGUUUUAUCAAGCAUGCCAAUUUGGAUGCAAUUUUAUUAUAUAAGGCUGUUGUGACUGAAAUUUUAUCCAAGUUUUAUCCACUGAAUGUAGAACAGAUUUCAGCUCACUGUGUUCAGAGAAGGAAUCUGCUAAAUGUGAUUCACAAAAAAAGCUGGUUAAAAUAAAUCAUU